AGCGGAGGAACUGAAACGAGAGAGGGUACAUAACUUUUCUUUCUGAAUUUAUAUGUAACCUUACUUUCAGAUAUGUUUUUUUGUAAUGAACCAGACAACGAUUUUAUCGUUUUUUCAAGCAUAAACUCAGUUAUUUAUGCUUUCUAAAUGUUUUCAAUUCGUUCUUUUGAGAAAUGAUACGAGUUUAUCAUAUAUUUUCGUAUGGAUAUAUCACCAUUUUACAACUGUAAGCUCAUUUUUUUAAUCAUUGAUUUGUAUUUCUGUAUUUCUGAUGAGGAUGUUGAAAAAUAAGCAAAAGAACAAAAAUUCCCGAAUUUUCGAUUUCUACGAAACCAAAUAUAACACGACAUUGAGAGAUCUCUACGACUACGACUACGUUGCAUUGUCCUUCAAUUUUUUCAUUGUGGAAUUUUUAUCUCAAUGAUACCAUAGCAUGCAAAAGCGUGUGGAAAUCGUAACAUAAUUUUGGAAAUUCUUUAGAAUCGGGGUUUUUUAGUGAACGUUUUGCAAAUAACCUAUCCUUUUGAUCAUGAAUGAUGAAGCCGAAACAUACAGACUUUGGAGAGUUCGUAAAACAAUUAUGCAGCUUUGCCAUGACAGGGGAUACCUGGUAACCCAGGAGGAAUUGGACCAGACUCUUGAACAAUUCAAGGAACAAUUUGGAGAUAAACCAAGUGAGAACAGGCCGAGCCGCAAAGAUUUGACAGUGCUAGUUGCUCACAACGAUGACCCGACGGAUCAGAUGUUCGUUUUCUUCCCAGAGGAGAAAAAAGUUGGCAUGAAGACCAUCAAAGCGUAUUGCCAGAGGAUGCAAGAAGAGAACAUCACAAGAGCUAUCAUUGUCGUUCAGGAAAGGAUGACACCAUCAGCUAAAACAAGUCUUGGAGACAUGGCACCCAAGUACAUCCUAGAACAAUUCCUAGAAGCUGAACUUCUCAUCAACAUUACGGAACAUGAUUUUGUUCCUGAGCAUGUCGUGAUGACAGGGGAUGAAAAGGCAGAGCUCCUCAGUAGAUAUAAACUCAAAGAUCAUCAGUUACCAAGGAUACAGGUCGGGGAUCCUGUGGCAAGGUACUUUGGACUCAAGAGAGGACAGGUUGUGAAGAUAAUCCGACCCAGUGAAACGGCAGGAAGAUACAUCUCCUACAGACUGGUACAAUGACACAGACUCAUCUCUGCCUUCAGUUCCUUUUUAUAUCUAUCUGUAAAUAGUGUUUGUACAGUAUCAUGUGAUAAGAAUACAUGCAUGUCCCGACCUUUGACCUCAAAGUAAGAUGAAAUCAUUAAGAGAAGCCAUAUUUCUAAGAUUGUAAGUCUUCUUUUCUUGCUUUUUUCUGUCAGAGUAAUUGCAAUUAGCAAAAUGAAAGUAAAAAUAAAUAAUAAUGAUGAUAACGUCAUAUUUUACCCAGGGAAGCCACUUCAGUUCUGAAAACUGUUCUUCCAGCGGGCCCUGCUUAACAUGAUAACGUUAUUAGAAAGUAAUUAGAAUGAUACUAGAUAUUUUCACUGGUCCAUGAAUGCAUGCAUAACAUGGAAAUUUUGUUUUCAAUGGCUUUCAAAUACAUUCAAAUAAUACACAAGACAUAGUAAAUACAAUGUUUUCUAACAAUGCACCUCUGAACUUUCAUUUGCAUUACUGUUAACAUUGUCAAUCUCAAACAGAAUCAGAAUACCCCCCUCCCCUCCUCUUGUUUUGUGCAUAUAAAUAAAGUCAAACCUCGUUUAUCUGGCCUUCAAUUAACCAGCUGCAUUUCUUCUAUUUGUACAGAAAAGAAACAGAAAUGUUUGCAAUUUUCCAUUUUAUUGCCUCUUGAAAUGCGAAUGCGCUGUAAAUAAUUAUGGCCACCAAGCUAAAGCCUGGUUAAUGUCCCAAGUCCUUUGGAAGUGCAUGGAGACGUUAUAAUCAUAAUGUGAUGUAUCAUGUGCACUGUAUUAAAACUGCUAUUAUUAUUAUGUCAUGUAAACAAAAUGACAUUAAAAAUCUUUCGCAACACAAAGAAAUAGACAUUUGACAACUGUGGACCCUAUACCCAAUAAAUGUCCAUUCAAAUGGUGUCCCACUACAUUUCUCUCAUAUCUGGAUGUGUUAUGUAUAUACAGAUAAGUGCCAGUCCCAAGACAGCUCGAUUAAUGAGGGGUGUUAAUUCUCUUACAAGCAUCUUUCUAGUCUUCAUACAUGUUUAAAAUUUUGUAAAUAAAAGUAAUAAAAUGUA